AUGUCUGAAAAAGAUGAAAAGUUACAAACAUCAAUGCUUCUACACGUGAUUGGCGAUGCUGCCUUGGAAUUGUAUAAUACGUUUGUAUUUGCUGAGGGUGAGAGCAUGAAGCUUGAGAAAGUGUUGAACAAAUAUGAGGAAUAUUGCAUGCCGAAACGUAAUCUAACGUAUGAGAGACAUAGAUUUUUCACAAGAUCUCAGUUAGUGCAUGAGAGUGUUGAUCAGUAUGCAACAGAAUUGCGGAGUCGUGCUCAGUCAUGUGAGUUUUCCAUGUUGAAAGAGAGUCUUAUCCAGGACAGAAUUAUCUGUGGUAUUUUAGACGAUGGUCUAAGAGAACGUUUGUUGAGGCAAGAUGAUCUUACAUUGGUUAAAACGUUGCAAGUAUGUCGUGCGGCUGAACAAACUCGAACGCAGGCACAAGCGUUGAGUUCCGCAGGGGAAAACGCCUCAAUUCCGGUAGAUUCUUUCAGCAAGACUAAGAAGAAAUUUCCUGGUUCAAAGUUAAAACGGUCAGAACCUCAAGGUCGUACUAAAAGUGAUGCAUGUAGCAGGUGCGGAAACCGACAUAGCAAAGACAAAUGUCCCGCACAAGGUCAAACAUGCAAGAAGUGCGGUAAGCAGAAUCAUUUUGCUAAAUGUUGUAAAACCCCAGUAGCCAAGGUCAAUGAACUGCAGCACUUGGAGGUAGAUUCAGAAGGUUUCAUGAUUUGCUCUGUUGAAUCAAAAGAAUCCGAGGAUGAAUGGAUAGUUAAUCUACUAGUCAAUAACCAGCCGGUUGACUUCAAGGUUGAUACUGGUGCUCAGGCGAAUCUUCUUCCUGAGACAGUAUUCCACAAAUUGAAACCAAAACCAAAGCUACAAACAGCCAAAGUGAUGUUGACAGGUUAUUAUGAGACAGAUAUCCCGGUCAAAGGUCGUUGUUGUGUACAAGUUGAGUACAAAGGGAUCAAACGCAAUGUGCCGUGUCUAGUCAUUCCUGGAAAUCGUCAGCCUUUGUUAGGAUUACGGACGAGUGAAGACUUGUAUCUGGUGAAACGGGUGUAUCAUGUUGAGAAACAAACUGAACACGGAACGGGUAAAAGUGUAGUUCAAGACUAUCAAGAUGUGUUUGUAGGUCUAGGUUGUCUUCCUGGUAAACACCACAUCACAUUGAGAGAGGACGCACAUCCUGUUCAGCAUGCAUGUCGCAAAGUUCCAUUUCCACUUAAAGAUAAACUCAAAGACGAGUUAGAUAAGAUGGAACGAAUGGACGUAAUCACACGAGUUGAUGAGCCAACUGAUUGGGUUUCUUCUCUCGUGGUGGUGAUGAAAAAGAAUGGUCAGCUCAGGAUCUGUCUAGAUCCAAGAGACCUGAACCGAGCAAUCAAAAGAGAACACUAUCAAUUGCCAUCAAGAGCUGAAAUAACUGCACAUUUUGCAGGAGCCAAAUACUUCAGCAAGUUAGAUGCGUCUAGUGGUUUUUGGCAGAUCCAACUAGAUGACGAAAGCUCCAAUCUUUGUACGUUUAUCACGCCAUACGGAAGGUACAAGUUCUUGAGACUACCUUUUGGUAUUUGUAGUGCUCCGGAAGUCUAUCACAAGAUAGUGCACCAGCUGUUUGCACAUAUUCCGGGAGUUAACACAAUGAUGGAUGAUGUGAUUGUAUGGGGAACUACCCAACAGGAGCAUGAUGACAGGUUGAGAGAGGUUCUCAGCAUUGUGAGAAAAAUGAAUCUCAAGUUGAACAAAGAAAAAUGCGAGUUCAAUGUCAAGAAGCUCACAUUCAUUGGUGACUUGAUCAGUGAUCAAGGAGUUCAACCUGAUCCAAAGAAAGUGUCUGCUAUCUUGAACAUUGGGAGACCGAAAUGUCGGAAAGAUGUCCAACGGUUCUUGGGAAUGAUCAAUUACCAAGGGAAGUUCAUUCCAGAUCUGUCGACCAAGUCAGCAGCGCUGAGACAUCUACUAGACAAAAAGAAUGUAUGGACAUGGGAUCAUGCACAAGAGGAGGCAUGGAAUCAGCUGAAACAAGCUCUGAUACAAGAGCCAGUCCUACAUUUCUAUGACAGCAAGAAACCAACCAAGCUGUCAGCAGACGCAUCAAAGGAUGGUAUUGGUGCAGUGCUACUACAGCAAUAUGAUCAAGAUUGGGUUCCGAUCGCAUAUGCAUCUAGAUCAAUGACUGAUGCAGAGACUAGAUAUGCACAGAUCGAGAAAGAAUUGCUGGCAAUCACAUACGCAUGUGAAAGAUUCCAUCAAUACAUCUAUGGACAACAAGUAGAAGUGGAGACUGAUCACAAGCCACUUAUUCCACUGUUUGUAAAGUCACUGGGUGACUGUCCCCUACGCAUUCAAAGGUUACUCAUCAGGGUACAGAGAUAUGAUCUCAAGGUCUUGUACACGCCUGGAAAGUACAUGUAUACUGCUGAUACAUUGUCCAGAGCAGUAGAUCCAAAGGCUGAGUUGAAUGCUGAAACUGAGGAAGAUAUCAGGGUCUACGUAGAUGCUAUUGUCAAGAGCAUGCCAGUUACAUCGAACAAACGAAAUCAGAUUGUCGAAGAGACAAAGAAAGAUGAUCAACUGCAAGAGCUGCUAGGCAUCAUCAGAGAUGGUUGGCCGGAAACGAAGCAGCAAUGUCCAGUUAGAGUCAGGGAAUACUGGAACAUCAGGAGUGAACUCUCUGAAGCAGAUGGCAUCAUCUUCAAAGGCAGCAAAAUAGUGGUUCCCACUACGAUGAGAAGGUUCAUGCUAAACAAAAUCCAUGAAGGACACUUAGGCAUCGAGAAGUGUAAGAAACGUGCUAGAGAAGUCAUCUAUUGGCCCAGAAUCAACACAGACAUCACUGAAAUGGUCCAAAGUUGUACUUCAUGCCUAAUGUACAGACCAAAACAGCAAGCUGAAAGUCUACAUCCUCAUGACGUGCCGAACCGCCCGUGGGAAAAAGUUGCUGUUGAUUUGUUCACGCUGAACAAUAGAGAGUACAUGGUCAUCGUCGACUACUAUUCACAGUUCAUUGAAGUAUGUACUAUGACUUCUACUAGUAGCAAGGCCGUGAUCAACCACAUGAAAGCAGUAUUUGCUCGCCAUGGAACGCCAUGUGAACUCAUGUCGGAUAAUGGUCCUCAAUUUGCAAGCCAAGAGUUCCAGAGCUUUGCAAAAAAAUGGGAUUUUCGCCAUACUACAUCGAGUCCAUAUUAUCCGCAAUCCAAUGGCCUCGCAGAGAAUGCUGUGAAGAUUGUCAAAAAACUUAUAUUGAAGUCACAGCACAGUGGACAGGAUAUCCACAGAGCUCUCCAAGUCUAUCGCAGUUCACCACUAGCAUGCGGAAAGUCUCCGGCAGAACUCCUCUACAAUCGUCGACUUCGAUCAAAUCUUCCCAUGCUUGACAGUUUACUCGACAACCAACAGGUCAAUACUCGAUCAGUGAGGGGAAGAAAGGAGGAUCAUAAGGUGAAGCAAAAAGAGCGAUUCGACAAACAUGCUCGAGACUUGUCAAAGCUAAAGCCUGGAGAUCAUGUCAUACUCCAAGACAUGAAAACCAACACCUGGUCGAAACGUGGUAUUGUCAGGUCUGUCCAGGAUCGAAACAGAUCAUACCAGAUCGAGACAGAAACAGGAGAGAUGCGUCGCAGAAACAGACGUCACCUCAGGCCAGUCCCACGUCAACAACAAGCCGAGUCUAUUCCACUACCAACACAGGAUGACUUCGAGCUAGAUGACACUGUAGAAGCUACAGAGCAACCAGCAUCUGAAGAAAGCUCAACUACGUCAUCAACCAGAACCAGAAGCGGACGAGUUAUUAAACCGCCAGAUCGCUUGAACUUGUAA